CUCGUUUCUCUGCGCGUAAGCACACAGCUGCAUUUCGUGCGAUGCAGACUCAGAUUCCGAAUCCCUUUACCCCUACUGGUACCGACUUCAACUUCACCUCCAAGGCCCCGACGCCGAAGAAGAGGCAGAGUAUGCCGAGAACUAGUCCCGCUUCUGCUACUGGUAGCGACUUCGACUUCGACUUCACCUUCAGGGCCCCGACGUCGAAUCCUUCACAGAACUACUACGACAACCGCCCGAUCAGCUGGUCUGCCUCCGCUAGAUUCCCCACCGCUGCUCCGGUCGCUGCUCCGGCCGCUGUUCCCGCCGCUGUUCCCGCUGCUUCCGUUCCACGUCGCAAGACGCGCCAGAGCUAUCCCAGAGCCAUCCCUGUGGCUCUCGAGAUUCCCGAGCCACCGCAACCGGGCAAGAAGAAGCAGCAGAAGCCGAGGCUGAAGCAAGAGGAAUUGCACGAGUACGACGAGGCCGCCCUUGCAGCGCACAACAAGAGCACGAUGAAGCCCAGCUCACGGAUCCACGAGAAGGCGGUCAUGCCUACCUUCAUCUGGGCCCCCCCAUUGAUAUCCGUCCCAUGGUUGUCGCCGGGCCAUGGGGUCAGUUGGCGAAGGACUGUCCGGCGCGUAGGCGUGCGCAGAGUGAGAGUGAUGUCGUGGAUCCGAGGCCGCUGAAGCGGUCGAAGGUCUAGGUGGCGGUUGGUGAUGGUGGCGAGUGGUCA